AGUUGCAAACAGACGCGGCGCUAGCAACAACCGGCGGUAAUAUCGGGGAAAAUCAGUGACGAUAAACGUGGAUACGAACUGUUGAUGAUUUUAGUGACUCGAUUUUUGUACAUACGAUCUUUUAAUUAAAAAUAAGAGAUAUUUUUCGAGAUAAAGCGAUGGCAGAAUGGACGGCGAGAAUCGUAUUAUACUGAACGUCGGUGGAAUACGAUACGAAACGUACAAAGCGACUUUAAAAAAAAUUCCAGCUACAAGGUUGUCUAGGCUCACAGAGGCACUCGCUAAUUACGAUCCUAUUCUCAACGAAUAUUUUUUCGAUCGACACCCGGGAGUUUUUGCUCAAAUUUUGAAUUAUUACAGAACGGGCAAGCUUCACUAUCCUACGAACGUAUGCGGACCUCUUUUCGAGGAAGAAUUGGAAUUCUGGGGAUUGGAUUCAAACCAGGUGGAGCCAUGUUGUUGGAGUACGUAUAGCGUCCAUAGAGACACACAGGCAACGUUGGCAAUUUUGGAUAAGCUCGAUAUCGAUUCGGCGCGUCCAACAGAUGAAGAAGUGGCUAGGAUGUUUGGAUACGAAGAGGCGUUCUACUCCGGCACUCUAACAAGGUGGCAAAAAUUAAAACCAAAAAUUUGGGCCCUCUUCGAUGAACCCUAUUCCUCUUCACAGGCCAAGGUACCACCGUUCAAUGUGCAUCACCGAAAUGUAGUAGCCGGGGCAUCAGUGUUCUUUAUAUGCGUAUCUGUUUUUUCCUUUUGUCUCAAGACCCACCCUGGAAUGAGGGAAAAAUGCGAACCCCUAGAUCCGUCUAAUUUAAACUGCACUAAACCCUAUCCAUAUUUUCAAGCGGUGGACCAUUUGUGUAACGCCUGGUUCACAUUCGAAUUAUCAGUAAGAUUGAUAGUAUCACCGAAUUUAGUAGAUUUUAUAAAAUCUCCAGUCAAUAUAAUAGAUUUUGCAGCAACUCUAAGCUUCUAUAUAGAUUUGAUUCUGCUAUCGGAAAAGAAGAAUCAGUUGUUAGAUUUUUUUAGCAUCAUACGUAUAUUUCGACUUUUCAAAUUAACUAGGCAUUCCCCCGGAUUAAAAAUCUUGAUUCAUACCUUCAAGGCGUCGGCUAAAGAAUUGGGAUUACUGGUAUUUUUUCUCGUAUUGGGAAUAGUUGUAUUUGCCAGUUUGGUAUAUUACGCUGAAAAACUACAGGAUAAUAAGGAUAAUAGUUUUAAAAGUAUACCGGAAGGUUUGUGGUGGGCUAUAGUGACUAUGACGACGGUUGGAUAUGGAGAUAUGGCACCUAAAACGUAUGCGGGAAUGUUCGUAGGAGCUCUUUGUGCCUUAGCUGGCGUAUUAACAAUAGCUUUACCGGUCCCUGUGAUAGUUUCCAAUUUUUCAAUGUUUUAUUCCCAUACACAGGCGAGAGCUAAACUGCCGAAACAAAGAAGGAGCGUUCUGCCAGUAGAACAGCCGAGAAGAAAGAAAAUCGAACAGGGUACCAAUAGAAGAAUGAACGCCAUUAAACACAAUCCUGUACUUUUUAAAAGUGGGUUCGAAAAUGAUAAAUUAGGUAACGCCAACGGUGUCAAUGUUGUCAGUUUAACUCUACAGGGUCCUUCAGUGCCGAGUAUAGCUGUACUACAUCACAACGGCCCUUACAAUUUACAACAAACCUCCCCAGCGUUGUCCGUACCACAGGGGGUCAGUAAUCAACUAACGCCACGGGCCGCCACAACAGGUAGCGUGGAUGCUUUACAACUUCAACCGAAAUACUUACCGAAUUUCGAAAGAGAAUGUCAAUCGGAGCCACGAGAAGUACCAAAAAGCGAAGAACAUCUCAACGUUAUGAAAUCCGAGCAAUAUCCUUCGAGUUAUUUCACCGGAAACAACGUUACGGAAGCGGGUAUAAGCUUAGCUAGUGUACCGGCGAUGGCCAUCGGUAGCUCGACGGAAGUUCUAGUUAGUAUUGUCGGAAGUCAGGUGAAUUUUAGAAGAAAUUCCGAGAUUCCGUGUAAAAAUGGAACCGAAAAAUUUUCACCGGAUUUCGAUAACGCGAAAUCGCCUAGUACUGAAUUUACUACUUCCACCGUACAAUCAUCACCGGACACUAAAGACACAGAACGUGGAAAUAAUAUUAUAAAUUGUGAUACGAGAGAUAUAACAAGUAUAGAAAGUUAUACUGUUUGAAUUAUUGUUAUUUUUGUCAAUUUAAAAAAAAAUUAAUCUCUAUAGUAAUUGAGUAGCUAUUAAUGUUAUCCUUAUGCACUCCCAUACAGGGUAAUACUAAUUUAUACCCCAGAACCAAAUUGCAACUCCCGAUAUCUCUUUCUACUAGAAUUCGAAAAUAAAAUCAUUAUUUGUGUAA